AUGAACCGAACAGUCUACGACGAUGUCGCCAUCCUUCACGGUGGAAUAGGGAAUCUGUGUCAUCGCUCUGCCUGCUUCCUACCAUGGCAUCGACAUGUAUUGUCUGUUAUCGAGUUCAGGUUGAAAGCCCACUGCGGCUACCAAGGCUCCAUGCCAUACUGGGACUGGUCGCUGGACUGGAUGGACCUCGCGCACUCGUCUAUCUGGGACAGCAGAACCGGCUUCGGCGGCGAUGGCGACGCUCUCGGCGCAGAGACGGUCGGCGGCGGUCGAUGCGUCGUCGACGGACCAUUCGCCGACCUGCGACCCAUCAUUUACAACCACACCUUCGCCGAGCACUGCCUAUCGCGGGGUUUCCGCGACGAAGAAGGGAUCACGGGUCGUAUCCCUGGUGACAUGUUCGGCCCCGAGAACAUGGGUGAGAUCCUGCGGCAGAGGGACUACACCAGCUUCCUGCUCCGGGUCGAGAGGGACCUGCAUAAUACCCUGCACAACUCGAUUAACGGCGACUUUAGAGCCAUGACGGCGGCGAAUGAUCCUCUCUUCUUCCUGCACCAUGCCAACCUGGAUCGGCUGUGGUGGACGUGGCAGCGACAAGGUCCCCGCGAUCGGCAGAUGCAGUACUUGGGACAGCACAUGUACAACUCUACGGGCGAUGCGCGGCUGGACGACAUGCUGAUGUAUGAUGGCUUCACGGCGGAUGUACCCGUGUACCAGGUGAUGGAUGCAGAAAGAGGGUUACACUGUUAUACGUAUUAG